AGCCACAGUGCAAACGUGACGUGCCUGGAUUUCAGCAGUAACGGGAAGUACCUGGCGUCAUGUGCUGACGACCGCACCGUCCGAAUCUGGAGCACCAAAGACUUCCUGGAGAGGGAGCACAAGUGUUUGAGGGCCAAUGUGGAGCUGGAUCACGCGACACUAGUCCGCUUCAGCCCAGACUCCAGAGCGUUCAUCACCUGGUUGGCCAACGGAGAUACUAUUCGAAUCUUUAAAAUGAUCAAAAAGGAGGACGGCACAUUCACCUUCAAAGCUGCUCCUGAGGACUUUCCACAGAAACACAAAGCCCCCAUCCUCAACAUUGGCAUCGCAGAGACGGGUAAAUUCAUCAUGAGCGCCUCCACUGACACCACGAUCCACAUCUGGGACCUGAAAGGAGAGGUACUGGCCUCCAUCAAUACUAACCAGAUAACCAAUUCUUACGCUGCCAUCUCUCCGUGUGGCAGGUUUGUAGCCUCAUGCGGUUUCACUCCUGACGUGAAGGUGUGGGAGGUUUGCUUUGGGAAGGGAGGAGAGUUCAAAGAGGUCGCCCGAGCUUUUGACCUGAAGGGCCACUCUGCUGGAGUUCACGCAUUCGCCUUCUCCAAUGACUCUCACAGAAUGGUGACCGUCUCCAAAGACGGUACGUGGAAGCUGUGGAACACAGACGUGGAGUACAAAAAGCAGCAGGACCCCUACCUCCUAAAAACAGUCCCCUGUGCGUCAUCUGAAGGGAGCCUGGUGGCCUUGUCUCCAGACGGCCGGGUGGUGGCCGUCAGCGACGGCAGUAACGUGGCUAUGUACAACGCUGCCAGCGGACAACUAGAGGAGGAGCUGCACGGCGUCCACAGCGAAGACAUCAACGACCUCAGAUUUGACAUUAACGGACGCUUCUUGGUGUGCAGCGGUGAUAAGGCCAUCCGAGUGUUUCACAACGCCCCGGGUUACCGGGCAGCCAUCAGAGACAUGCAGGACAUGCUGAAGAAGGCGCAGAAUGAGGCCAUGAAGCAGAGACUGGAGCAGCAGAUCAGAGAGGCUCAGAGCACCCUGGACACGGUGCUUGCUGCCCCCGUUGAGUGAAAGAGCCCCCCCC